ACACAUCCGCCUCUUUUAGAGGCUUUUUGUUCUAUCUCCUCAUUCACAUUGAUUCAAAACUUUCUUGCAAAUUACUUGUCUAUAUCUUCACUCUACCGCCUCCUUGUUAUCUAAUGCCCUUAGCCAGUCCUGGGAGCUCGAGGAAGUUGACAAUCCCCUGUAGGAACAUGCACUUCAGGAGCAGUCCAACACUUAUGCUGUUUCUGCCACCUCUUUGUCUACUGGGGACAGUGGUAAAGGUGACAGGGCAGGAGUGGGGGUACCUGCAUGAGGCCCUCAAGGCCUUGGAUCUUCCCCUGGGGAUGGACAAUGAAACUCAGCUCCAGAAGAACAAAACUGGGGUUCUGAUUACGUCGCUUCUUCAGGCGGUGCACUGUGCAGAGCGGACUGGGACCUCUCAAGAAAUCUGUGAGAUGUGCCUGACACCGUCUAUAGCCCUCUCUGUCCUAGAAGAUGAUGAGAAGGCUUACCUCACUGAGGAGGACUACCAGCGGAUCUCAACUGUUCUGCUGUACUACAUCCUUAACUUGCAAGAUCUGUGUGUGUCAAAAGCUGCCUCCCCUUCCUCCCUUUGCUCCCCUUCAUCUGGGAACUAUCGGUUCUACCUUUUUGCCCUCACCAAUCUAAACCCAUCCGAAGAUAACCAGUUCUUAUCACUUCGUGAAACAGAGAGUAUUCUGCAGUUUAUCAACCAACACUAUGACCCCCCAAACAUAGAUACCUUAUCUGAUUUUCAAUGCAUUGAUGCCACUCAUCUUCUUGAAGAUGUCGACAUAAAAGAAAAUCCAGGUGCUGGUGAGUCGUCUGUGCCCAGAGUGGCUGGAGCCAUUAUCAGCCAUAUCCUGCAGGGCCACUGUUUUAGAAGGAGGAACCUCCCGUCACCUGCCUUCUUUACCUUUUACCUCUUUCAAUCCCUAAAUCGCACAAGUAACCUGCAGAUUACAGACUUAGAGGGGCUGCUUCAUCAGUUGGGAGUGGGUCAGGAGGGAGCCUCUCUCUCUCACGACAGGAAAAGAUGGAGAAUCACAGAAAGUUCAAAGACAGGAGUAGGGCAUGGGGUGGAUGGGUGUAAUCGUGAACCUGGAGAAUUUAACAGAGAUUGGUCACAGGUAUGUUUUUCAACAAAUCAGCUGGUGGAUAUUUUUGCACUGGAUCCUCAUUUGCCAAUUUCCAAGGAGCACUUCAGGCAAAUUUGCCCAGCCAUUAUUCAGCAGUUGUUAAGCGAUGUCUGUGAGUCUGCAGAUCAAAAAAAAAGAGGAUCACUACCCACUCCCCUUGAGAAGUACGGCUACAGCACGGCUGCUGUCCUGCUUCUCACAGUGGGCUCCAUGUUCGGUAUCUGCCUGAUCUUCUUCAAGUACUGCCAGGAGACCUACACACUCAUCCUGCAGUUGUUUGUGGGCCUGGCAGUGGGAACCCUCUCAGGAGACGCUCUCCUGCACCUCAUACCACAGAUUCUGGGCCUCCAUGACAACACUCGCAGUCAUGAUGAUGAGCACUAUAGUGAAGGAAAGGAGUAUCUGUGGAAGAUUCUGGGCAUAAUCGCUGGGAUUUAUGGCUUUUUCCUUCUUGAAAGAAUGUUCUCCUUUUUAGUUCCUUUUCAUGGUCAUGCUCACUCCAGUGAACUUCCCUUAGAGCUCAACUGCAAUGGUCGGUCACAGAGGGGCAAGUCCAUCUCUACGCUACAGCUGGGAGCGGUGGAUGACUUGGAGUGUACAGAAAUAUCUCCUGAACAUGGAGACACAAGGAGCCAUUCACAUCAGAGAGAAGGGGUUUCUCUGCUAGCUGUGAUGGUUAUUGUGGGAGACAGCCUUCAUAACUUUACAGAUGGCCUGGUAGUCGGGGCGGCCUUCUCCUUUUCAGCUGAGACUGGCAUGGCAACCACCGUGGCUAUCUUGUGCCACGAGAUCCCACACGAGAUGGGGGACUUUGCAGUGUUACUCAGUUCCGGACUCUCAGUGAAGACUGCUGUGCUAAUGAACUUCCUCAGCGCACUGACAGCCUUUAUGGGCCUCUACAUUGGACUAUUUAUUUCCUCAGAGACAGAAGUGCAGCAGUGGAUAUUUGCUGUCACUGCUGGGAUUUUUCUCUACUUGUCACUGGUAAAGAUGCUUCCAGAGAUGAGUCGAGUGAAGACUGACAGACCAUGUCUCAUGUUUUUCCUACAGAACCUGGGUCUAUUGAUGGGUUGGGCCUGUCUUAUGCUCCUUGCACUCUUUGAACAUGAAAUCAAAUUCUAAAUGCACACACACUCUAAGUGUACAUUAAAUACAGAUUUUUUUUCAUUAAAGGGUUUGAACCGAAACAACAAAUUUAUGUUUUUUUGUAUUAUUUGAAAUUAUUUUCGAGUUGUUACUCAUUAUUUACUGCUGUAUACAACUUGUUUUUGCACCCAAAAUGU